ACGGAGUCUGCGAGGAAUGACGCAAGCAAAGGCGACUCCGGAUCGACUCCUACCUCUCCCCCUUUCCCUCGUUUCCUCCUCUUCCUAACCCUAACCCUUGUUUUGAAGCUUCGAUCCGCCUGAUCCUCGCGUGCCGGAGGUACGCCGUCGCCGACUCUCCGCCCGAAUUCCGGUCGCCCAGAUCGGCUCCCGUCGCACGCAGAUCGGACGGACCGGAGGUCGGCGGAGUGGAAGAUGCCGUCGUACGUGGACCUGGACCGCCAGAUCGAGCAGCUCAGGGAAUGCAAGUUCUUGUCGGAGGCGGAGGUGAAGGCCCUCUGCGACCAGGCGCGGGCGAUCCUCGUCGAGGAGUGGAACGUGCAGCCGGUGAGGUGUCCCGUCACGGUCUGUGGCGACAUCCAUGGGCAGUUCUACGAUCUCGUCGAGCUCUUCAAGAUCGGCGGCGAGGCGCCCGAUACCAAUUACCUCUUUAUGGGGGACUAUGUCGAUCGUGGCUAUUACUCUGUUGAGACAGUCACACUUUUAGUAGCCUUGAAAGUUCGUUACAGAGAUAGAAUUACAAUCCUUAGAGGAAAUCACGAGAGCCGGCAAAUAACUCAAGUGUAUGGCUUUUAUGAUGAAUGCUUGAGAAAGUAUGGAAAUGCAAAUGUGUGGAAGCAUUUUACUGAUCUGUUUGAUUAUCUGCCUCUUACAGCUCUUAUCGAGAGCCAGAUAUUCUGUUUGCACGGUGGCCUGUCUCCAUCGCUGGAUACACUAGAUAAUAUCCGUGAUCUAAAUCGUAUACAGGAGGUUCCACAUGAAGGUCCUAUGUGUGAUUUGCUCUGGUCCGAUCCUGAUGAUCGAUGUGGAUGGGGUAUAUCGCCGAGGGGAGCAGGAUACACAUUUGGACAAGACAUUGCCCAGCAAUUUAAUCAUAAUAAUGGUCUGACUCUUAUUGCAAGAGCCCAUCAACUUGUUAUGGAGGGUUUUAAUUGGUGCCAGGAAAGAAACGUUGUCACAGUAUUUAGCGCGCCAAACUACUGUUACCGGUGUGGUAAUAUGGCAGCUAUAUUAGAGAUUGGGGAGAACAUGGAUCAGAACUUCCUUCAGUUUGAUCCAGCACCACGACAAAUUGAACCUGAUACAACUCGCAAAACUCCCGACUACUUUUUGUAGUCUUGACGGCCCAAAACUAUGUUUAUCCACCUUCAUGUUUGUUCUGUAGAUGUCCUAGAAACGAGUUUCUGGUAAGUUGGAGAGACCACCAUGAUUACCAUUUUUUCGUUUGGGAAGUUAAUAGUUACUGCCGGUGGUGGUGGUGCUAGUUCUAGAGGACGACGGACUGUCAGGGGGGCGUGCAGCGUGCAAUGCUGCUGUAUCUGAAACUGAAUGCAGAAGCAGCAAUAAGAAGCAAGAUCAUCUUGUUUUUAUGCA